GUGUUCUGAAACUUUGUUCGCUGCCCACCAGGAAUUAAAUAAAAUUCUGGGAAAUUCCGUCGGUAUUACACUGAAAGAGAAAGGGAAAUCAGAGCUGAAGUGGCGAACAAAUCAGAAAAGCAGAACGCAGAGAGAGAGAGAGAGAGGGAGAGGGAGGGAGCGGCAACUUAGGGUUUUCUCUCUGUUUUUCACUAAACGUAUAUAACGGUAAAGUACUCCGCGUGCCGCACCGAGUCAUUAAGAGUUAAACAGCCACUGGCAAAUUUACUGACAGACGCCUUCAUAACGGUACCGUCAGAACUGUCGGGAGUUAACUUUUGGAACGAUAUUAUUACCUUUGGAUAUUCCCUUAUUUCACUGCCUGGAUUUUUGUGUUCCAUAAUGGAUAAAUUGCUGUUUUGUGGAUUCUUGUGCGUUACUCUGCUUAGUACUGUUAUUGAGGCUUCCAUAACUGUAGCUGUUGAACCACUCUACCCUACUGUGAGACAUGGAGACAAAAUUACUCAAAACUGUACCACUAACUGCCAAAACAUAACAAAAAUGGAUUUUGAAAUAAAGGAACCUAACAACAGUAAAACAAAUGGAAGUAACUGGAUUUCCGUAACUUAUGUGAUUCAAAGCUGGGAUCCAACUCCAAGCUGUUACGUCAACUGUGAAGAUGCAGGAGAGCCGGAACAGGAACGUAAUAAAUCCUUCGUCAGUGUUUUCGAUUUUCCACAGAAGGUGAUAAUUAAUCCACUGCCUGUGUUGCUGGUGAAUAAGCCCUACAAUCUGACAUGCACAGUCCCAAAUGUUGCUCCUGUGAAGAAUUUGUCUGUCACAAUACUGAAAGGCAACUCCACAGUUCUUCAUAAAAACUAUUCAGAUGAUAAUGAGAAGCGAAAUCAAAGCAAAACUGAGAUCUUCACACUCAUUCCAAAAAUAUCAGAUGAUGGGGUAAUCUACACAUGUUCUGCAAAACUCGACUUACGUCCAAACAUCACUGACCUUCUUAGUACUUCAUCAUCUGUGACUCUGAGUGUUUUUGCAUUUCCAGAAAAACCAAAAAUAACCGUGAAAGAUGUACUAGAAGCCAACAAGGAGAGCACUGUAACAUGUGAGAUUUCUGGUGUUUUUCCACCCUUGAAAAUGAAGGUCAUUCUGACGUAUGCUGAGAAGAAACUGAACACAACAGUCACUAUCAAAGACCACAAAGUCAUUGCAGAAGCCAUGUUUCAUGCUGACACUGGUGAACAGAGGCUGUUGUGUGAAGCAACAAUAGAAAAUGAAACAAAAACUGACACACAGUCCAUAACUGGUUAUGUCCUACCACAGCCUGUCAUUAGUUUGCAUAAGGUAGAAGCUGGAUCCAAUGCAACCAUUAACUGCUCUGUGAUUGGAGAGAAGCCAUCAGAUGUUAGUCUAAGUCUGAAGCGUGAAGGUGAUGCCUUGCAUUUAUCUGAACAUGGUGUUUACACUUUGAAAGCAGAAAAGCAGGACAAUGGAAGCACUUACACCUGUGAAACUAUGAUUCAAGUUCGAGGACACACAUUUACGAAAACAGCCAAUCAGACAUUAACUGUGACAUAUGCUCCUGAAAUAAAUAAAACUGUAACAUCCGACAAAGCACUGGAAGGUAGUAAUGCGACCCUAACCUGUCAAGCCACUGGAAAUCCUUUUCCUCAAAUAACAUGGCUCAAAAAUGGUGAAACUGUUGGUGAUAGAGAGACUCUAACAAUUGUUAAUGUGUCUAAAAACAGUACUGGAGCCUAUCGAUGUGAAGUUACAAACCAUAAAGGAAAGGAUAACCACACUGUAAUUUUCACAACAGAAUAUUCCCCAAGUACACCAACUAUUAAAAAAAAGCCUGAAAAAAUAAGAACAGGAGACACCAUUACUAUGCAGUGCAGUGCUGACAGUAGCCCACCUGCCACCUACCACUGGUUGUACACAGCAUCAAAUAAUGUGGUCAUUUCCGAAGAUAACACUACAAUUUGUAUCAGAAAUGCCAGCGAGACUAAUAACGGAAACUAUACAUGUGUGGCUCAAAAUAAACAUGGGAACAGUACAGCCAGUGUCCAAAUAAAUGCCCUGUUUCCACCUGGUAUACCUAGAGUUGAACAACCUAAAAUGGUAUGGAAAGGAAAUACUGUGAGUUUUGUUUGCAGUGCCACUGGUAAUCCCCCUCCUUCCUAUACAUGGUUGCACCCAGAAUCAGAUAAUGUGAACAUGAGCCAUGAUAACAGGAUAAUUCAGAUUAAUAAAGCCAGGCCAGAGAAUGCUGGAAACUACAGCUGUGAGGUGCAGAAUGAGCUUGGAAAGAGUACAGUGACUGUCCAGAUGUUUGUUCACUAUUCACCAGAAAUGCCACAGAUUACAGUAUUUCCUGAAACAGUUUACAACGAUAUCAGUGUAACUAUAAACUGCAGCACUGACAGCUACCCUCCUGCUACCUACAGUUGGUCUUACCCAUCGUCUGCUUCUGUGCACAUAUCGAAUGAUAACAGGACCAUCACUAUCAUGAGAGCUACUCAGCAAGACAGUGGAACUUAUACAUGUAAUGUAACAAACAAACAUGGAAGUCACAGUACAGUGAAGCAUAUACCUGUGCAUGAAUCAUCUAUCCCAUGGAUACCGAUAAUCAUAGUGGGUGUGAUAAUAUCUUUUCUGGUACUAGUAAUUAUCCUCUUAUAUCUUGUGCAACAUCAAAGGAAGACGGGAUCAUAUGAUGUGAGAGAUCCAAAGAAUAAAACAGUGUUACCGAAUGGAGAUAUAAAUCAUGAAAAAGUCCCUCUGGCAUCAAAUAGCAUUGAAAUGUCAGACAAAAUACCAUUGUGAGAAUAACGCUAUCCUGGUGCCUACUUUUGUAAAAAGUGCCCUGAUCAAGACGCACAGCAUCAUCCUGUUACUGAAAAAAAAUCUGUGAGUGUUGCCACAUGUUGUUUAAAAAGUGUAGCACCAUUACAGAUGGAGCUCAGACAAUCCCAAGCCAUUUGUUUGAUGAAACAAAGUUGACCAUUUCACACAUUGUAGUAAUAAUAGUAAUAGUGCAGAUAUGUUCAUAUGAGCAGUGGCUUGAAGAAAGUAGAAAACUGGGUUAGUGGUGACAUAGACACUGAUCAGGUGAUACCAUUUAUUUUGAUGAAUAUCAGUGAAUCAGUACAGAGACUAAGAACAACGAACAGUUUGUUCUAACAAAGUACUGUCUGAUUAAUUUUAUUGAACUUGCACAAACUGUAAUAUAAACUGUGGUAUUUUAUUAUCAUAAUUUUCAGUAGUAUCCGUUCAGUGUGAAAUGUUUGAACUUUUUUAUAUGCUAAGAACUGGUUUAUUUUGCACAAAGUUUAAAUUCAGUGUCUCAUGGGUCUUGAGGUCUCUGAAGAGAAGUGUUUAUUCUAAUUCACUUUUAUACACUGUGAGCAUGUGUAGUGGUAAAGGUGAGUUGUAUAUUGUAAAUUUUUAUUAGAACACUACGCUUUUCUUCAUGAGGUACUAUAAAAUGUGUGUAUUUUAAACACAACAUAGUAAAGUACAUUGAACAAAUAUUUAUACAGAGAAGACAGAAGAUGCACUAAUGAAUCACAAACUUAGCCUCUUGUAACUUUGGAGGGAACAGGCUAUAGGGAUAAUACAGCAGAGAAAACAGAAUUAAUUUCAGUCUCUAGCUGCUGUCUUAAUUUGUGACACUGACAAAGAUCCAUAUCUCUCAGAUUCAGUAAUCCUAUUUAUAACAGUACACAAGAUGUACCCCAUAAGAACAUAAGCUUGUGCAUUACACAUCUGUUAUAGACCAGCUAGGGUAACAGGAGCAUGUGUAGUCUCCAGAAUACAGAAUAUAGUACGGUAUGCAGAUUUGCUAUUUUAAUAGUGCAAGCAACAGACAAAUAGUAUGGGGUAAUGUUGGGAUUCUAAAUACUGGUAUAGGAAGUUCACAUAACAUAGUGUACUUGAGAAGUACUGCAGUUGAAGCAUGUUAAACGUUGGAGACAGUCAUUGAAAUGACUUUUCUGUGUGUGCUUAAAUUUUGGGAGCACAUAUGUAGGCACUAUUAGCAGGCAGUGACCUGUGAUCAGCUAUUAUUUCACCUGGACAAGGACAGAGUGUAGAAGGAAGAGUAAAACUGUGGUCAUCACAUUCCAGAGAUCGUAGAGCAUUCAUAACACAAUGUGAGAUGUGCAACACUGGUAUGAAACUGGAAGUGAAGUGAAACCAAUGUGAGCUAGCACAAGUAAUUUAAGUCAUUAGUAAGUAUAAAGGAAUAUGAAAAUAAUCUAACUUUAAAAAAAGCACAGUAGUUGAGCAAGACUAUCAGAGUGGUGCAGAGGAAGAUGACACCAUUAGAAAGGACUGUUGUAGUUAGAAGAGGGAACAUAUGAUGGACAGUGUUGUUGGACUAGGAGAUGAAAAGUAAAGAAAGAUGACAAGAGGAGUAAAGCUGACCAAAGAAGUGACUACCAGAGAAAGAGAGAAUAUGUUUUGAUAUAUGAGGGGAAUAAAGAAACAUAAAUGCUAGCAGAAUCACAAUAAAUGAAACAGGUGUACCAUGUGUUAGUGCGGGAAAAGGAGAGAUUCAUAGAAAAUGAUUGGACCAGUUUUAUUUUUGUUUUUCCUCAAAACAUGUAAUAUAAUGAUUAAGAAGACAAAAGUAUGGCUGGUUCACUGUAAGCUAAUCAGACAGUCAGUGGUUUAAGAUUGUUGAACUUUAUUUGGUUAGCAGAACUAGAGGGUGAACUUUUCAGUGUCCUUAGCAGAAAUGAAAACACACUGGUAGGUUUUUAGCAAACUAAUCAGUACUUUAUUCAAAGUCUUCCAUGUGACCUAGAAGUGACAAUAAUCAUCUGUGCUACAUUUUGCAAACAAAAGUGGGACAUCAGUAAUGGAUACACCAAUGCUGGCCAUGCAGAAAUAGAACCUUUUAUAUCUACUGUACUAGAAAAAAUGGCAGUGGAACAGGGUAUAGCUUUACUGGGAACUGGGAAGGUUCUUCUAAAACUAAACUUUGAUAGAUUGGAUCACUGGAGAAGGGGGUGAAGAAACAUGAGGUUGAUGCCUUUUAACGUGACUUAAGCAAUAAUUUUAUCUAUGUGCCCCCCAUGAGACCAACUGAAAAGCUGGAGAGCUUUAACAUCAUGUUCAAUUCACAGUGUUGAUCAGAAUUUGAUUGGAGUGAAGACUAAAUGUUCUUAGCUGAAAAAAAAUAUUUUCCAUACCUAUGGAAUCUACAAAGGUUCAGGUUUCAGUACUGUGAAAUUUAACGUCUUCAGGUGUAGCAUAUUGGAUCAGCUAAAUGGGAAGUUUUGCCAAAAUCAAAUUAACACCAAGAUUCAUUAAAAAACUAGCUCAAGAGGAAUACGGCUAGGCUGAAAAAGGUUAUUGUAACAGUCUUAUGUUUGGAAGUCAUGUUUAUUGGGAGCAAAUAGAGCAGGUUUAGUACACAGACAGGUCCAGAAUACUGGAGUGACCAGCAGAGUUCAAUAUAGGGUCCGAUGUCUGAAGAACGGCGUGAAGUGGGUGCAGAAAAAGGUUAUCCAAAGACAGUAUGGUAUUGCUUAUAUUAGGCCUAAUUAAGGGAGAUGACCAUAUUUUCUCCUGGUGAAUGGAAAAAGGAGAUGGGUACAUGCCUUUUAAGUGCUUUGUUAAUGUGCUCUGAAGUGAUGGCCUGCUGUUCUCUGGUGACAAACAGAGUGGUCAGACUGGUGAAAGGAAACCUCAGAACAGAAAGUUGCAACUUAAACAAUGACUGUGAUAUCUGAGAUGGUACACGUUGCUAGAGAUAGUAGUUUUCUAAGGAAACCUCUAAACAGAAACCUGUUGCAACUUAAACAAUGACUGUGAUAUCAGAGAUGGUACAAGUUGCUAGAGAUAGUAGUUUUCUUAAAAGUGAUGAAAAGCCUUAGGGGAAUGAGACACAGUAGGAGAAAUGGCUAGAAGAGGAACAACACUGGGGAGAAGGAGAAAAAAAGACCAGUAAAAGAAAAAAAAAUAGGAAGUUGGACAGUGUCCAUUGCAAAAGCAAUCAAAUCUGUGCUGCAAUGCAGACUAGAUAAAAUAUAUUUAUUUUUGGCACAAAUUAAGUGAAGAUAUUACAAUCACAAUGUCAGAUACCAUAUUAUAAUCACAAUGUCAGAUACUAGCAUGAUUGUUCAAAGGAAAAUACAGUAAUGUCUAAGACCAGAUGAGAUUCACAAAGUUUCAUGUAUAACAUGGGUUCCUCGUAAAAUUAGCACAAAGCUGCAUUUGCCAUUGUAUAAUACCUUUUGUUGCCAUGCCACUGAAUGAACUAUCACUGCCUGUAAUGAAUGAUGUCAUGGAUGCUGCAGUAGAUGUAACUUUAAUAAGAUGUGUUGUAUUAUUAAACUUGAGUUACAGAGUGAUAAAUAAUACCAA